CUUACAGCUUGUUCGAAUUCAGCUACUCUAAAAUGCAGUUCAAGCUCGCUUUGUUAGCUCUGGCCGGCUGUGCCCUUGCCGCAGACACCACUUCGUUGAAUUCCACCUUGACCUCCACCACCUCGAUUUCGGUGCCAUCAGGAUGCUCGUUCUCCAAGACCUUGACCGCCACCGCUCAAUCCGACCUGGACGACCUGUCCUCCUGUUCGGCCAUUGAGGGUGACAUCUACAUCACCGGUGAUUUGGGAACUGCUUCCAUCGCCAACGUCAAGGCCAUUUACGGCUCGCUGUCUGUUUUCAACUGCUCCAACUUGCAGUCUCUGAGAGCAGACUCCCUGACUACCAUCACCAAGCAGCUGGAGCUGACCGACUUGUAUGUCCUGGACACUCUGUCGUUCGGUUCCCUGGUCUCUGUUGGCUCCAUCAACUGGGUCACCCUGCCGGCAUUGACCCAGGCAGGUCUGUCUGCAGGUGUUUCUGACUGUCAAAGCAUCUACAUCUCGGACACUCAGUUGGAGUCUCUGGAGGGUUUCAACCCAAUCAACGUCGAGACCUUCAACAUCAACAACAACAAGAACUUGGCUUCCAUCAACUCGGAUAUCAAGUCGGUCUCCAACGCUCUGUCUGUUUCUUAUAACGGUGACGACACCAACGUGACUUUUGACUCUCUUUCGUGGGCCAACAACAUCACGUUCUACUCUGUCUCGUCUAUCUCAAUGUCCAACAUCAGCACCGUCAACUCUUCACUUGGUGUUUUUGAGUCCAACGUUGAGUCUCUCGAGAUUCCUACCCUGAAGAAGAUCGGCGGUGACCUUUCGAUCAUCGACAACGACGACUUGUCUGAGAUUGACCUCUCUCAUUUGCAAUCCGUUGGUGGUGGAUUUGUCAUUGCUAACAACUCGAACUUGGAAACCAUCGACGGCUUUGACAGCCUGCAGACCAUUGGCGGUGCCGUCAUCCUCAAGGGUGAGUUCGACAAUGCCACCUUCCCAAAACUGUCUACCGUUAGAGGUGGUUUCGACUUGGAGACCACUGGUAAGGCUGACUGUGACGAGUUCAAUUCUCUGGAGAAGAAGGGCGGUAUCCAGGGUGACAAGUUUGUCUGCUCUGCUGCCACCGAGUCCUCGUCUUCCAUCAACCACUCCAAGACUUCUACCGGCUCUUCCUCUGCCACGUCUUCGGGCUCUAGCGACGAGUCGACCUCUUCUGGAGCUUCCUCUUCCUCCCAAGCCGGUGCCGCUCUCAACACUGUCUCUGUCUUUGGAGUUAUGUCUGCCUUGCUCCUUGCAUUGCUGUAAACAUAGAGAAGCAGAGCUCUUUGCAGUGGACUCUCCUAAUGUACGACUCUGAGUACUGUAUGCUAUUUUAAAAGAUUUAUUAUUAAUGUUAAUACAAUGUAUGCUAACAUCUAACUAGUUUCAUACUUUACGAAAACACGAGGUACACUUCUUUCAAGUUGCUUAAUCUAUUAGUGCCGACAAUUACAAUCCCUUGCCGUAAUUACCCUUCUCGAAGAAGUCCAUGAUGAGGUUCACAAUGUUCUCCAGGGCGCUCAGCCACUCCUCUAACUGCUGAGCCACCUUCUCCUGGUCAGCACCCAGCUUGGCAAAGAAGUCUGCUCUGUAGGGACACGCCUUCAUCGCAAGCUUGAAAACAGGUCUAAUAAGCAUUGUGUGGUACUUCGUCAAUGUCUUGCCGUAGGCGUCCGUGAAAGUCUUGGACAGCUCAUCGUUUGGUCUCGAAACGGUCUCUCUCAUGGCAACAGCAGUGAACUGCAGGCCUCUGCACAGCCACAACAGGCCCUGAGUAGCGGUCUUCUUUUUGUCGUUCACCUCAGACAGAAUCAGAUCCUGCAAGGUGCCUGCCUUGUCAGGAGCGGCAAGGAGCUUGGCGCGCACCUUGUUGAUAUUUCCUGUCAUGUCGUUUUGCACAACUGCAAACGCAGACGAUCCCAGUAGAUCAAACAGUUUCACAAGAGCCUCUGCGGCCUCCAAAAACUCAGAAGUGGCGAUCUUGCCGUCCUCGACUGGGACGGCAACAAACGACCUUUUCAUCUCAUCAAAAAACGUGCUCAU